CAAAAACUAAAAAAAAAAAAAAAAAAAAAAAAAAACUCCCUUUCUUUUCAAAUGGUCAUGUCCUCCUCCAACUCCAUUAAUCUUUCUCGCUUUUUCUCCACCAACACACACAGUCACAUAAACAGACUCAGAAAAGCGAGACAAACGAAGCGAAUCGAUAUGUGCAACAUGAGCAGCAGUGGUCUCCGUAUUCAGAAGCCUUCUUAUUUGCGAACCAGGUCCAUCAUCAAGAAAACAACAACAACACAAACAAAAACAGGAACAGAAACUACUACUACUACUACCACUACAACAUCCAAAUCCAAAUCCAAAUCCAAAUCUCUUAAACCGGCUCGAAAAUCCAGAACCAAGACCCGCAAGCCCAAGUUCCUCAGUCUGCGCCUUGAACUUUCUCAACAACAACAACAACAACAGAGUACUACUCCAACCAACUCCUCGUCCAUCAACAACAACAUGUCGUCGUCCUCCCGCCACCACCAGCUUAAUCUGUUUCCUCUGCAUCCCGAAAACAUGGUCGACGACAAACUGGCCGCCGACAUCAACGACGACAACAACGUCGCGUUUCUGUUCCAUUCCGAAGGUGGCGGAGGAGCCACUCUCAACGGGCUCCUCACUUCCACCACCACCACCACGGCGGCGGCGGGGGUGGCUGCGACGACGACAAUGUCAACGGAGGACGAUUCGAUUUCAAUGUCGUACACUGCUGCUUACAGGGGAGGAAGGGAAUGCUGCAGCGAGGAGUCUCAGUCUCUGGUACGGACGGCCAUGAGGAAUAGGGAGAGAGAUUCAAGCGAGGAGGAGAAGUGGGUUUGUUAUUCGGAGGUGGUGGAGAAGAAGGAAGUGGAGGAAGAGACUAGCUCAAGCUACUGUGCAGGUGGGGACUUGCUUUUGCUUCAGAAACGGAAUACGGCACAAGGUUUGUUGUCGUUGAAGCUUGAUUAUGAGGGGAUCUUGAAUGCUUGGUCUGAUAAGGGUCCACUUUACGUCCAUGGCGAAUCUCCACAGACCGUUCCUGAUUUGCAGGACGACAAAUCUUCCAACGUGCUAAUGGAUGGAUUGGGAAGUGCUGAGAAUUUAUGGAAGGUUCCAGAGACCGGAGGUAAUGCAAGUAGCCUGAAAAUGAAAGAGGAAAUGGGAGGAAGAGAAGGUUGGAAGAUGGGGCAAAGAGAGGCAAGCGUGUUGAGAUACAAGGAGAAGAGACAGAGUAGGCUAUUCGCUAAGCGGAUACGUUAUGAAGUUCGAAAGCUCAACGCUGAGAAGCGUCCUCGUAUGAAGGGCCGGUUCGUUAAGAGGAGUUGAUGAGUCUAUACAAUUGGACAUGAUAAUAUAAGUGAGGAAGAGAUGAGUGUGAUCCUCAGCAAUGCGAAAUCAGAUGGAAGAAAAAAACCCAAAAGAAUAAUAAUAAUAAUAAUAAUAAUAAAUGUACAAAUCUGUAAAGGGUGCUUUUGAAGUUUUAGGGACUGCCUACUUACAAAUAAUGAUCAGAGGAAGAGUCGCUUUUGAAUGCAAAGCUUCAUGCCAUGAUUCAGAUAAUCAUUCCAACAAACGAUAUGAUUGGAUGACCACUUGCAAGCGUCUGAUCUGUGAUCUGCAGAAGAAUACUGAUCUUGCAGCUCCAUUUUUCUGGUAGACAUUGCUCUGUACAUUCAACUUUGUCUUUGCUGGAAUGAAAAAAACAUGCAUGAAUUAUGAUA